UCGGAAGCUGUAGUCAAGGGAAUAAAAGAGAUUUUCUGUUGUUAGAUGAAAUUUACCUCCCAGACUUAUUGUGCAAAUUGAGGUAACCUGAGCGUGAAUAGCGUCGUAGACUUGCUCAGUAAAUGUUCAUUGCCUCCUACUGUUAAGAGCUGUAAAGAUGUCUGACAAAAAACGUAUCAUUGCCAAGGCUUCCCUGAUUGAGCAGCUGGUGGCUAAAAGGUAUUUUGAGGAUAUUGGCAAACAUCUGACUGAACUUGAAAUGAUAUAUGUGUCUAAGGAACAUCUCCAGGAAACAGAGUUAGUCAGAGCUGUAUACAGAGUCCUCAAAAACUGCCCCUCCAGGGCUUUGAAAAGGAAGGCCAAGUGUCUGCUGGCAAAGUGGAGAACUUUCUAUAAGAGUACACACCUCAAAACAAAGGAAAGCCUUAAAUUAUUCCCUUCUAAUGUUAAUGAAGAAAAACAUGCAGAAGUUUCUCAGGAGGUGAGCCAGGAUGGGGCAUCAGGUUUUAGUUAUGAUGAGAUAGCAGGUCUCUGCAGUUCUCUCUCUAGGCUGGCAUCUCAAGAUGCUGAAAAAAAGCACGCUGCAGCAAUUGAGUCUGAAAGUAGCACCACUCAAAUGGAAAUUAAUGAAGAAUAUUUGGGGGAUGUUAACCCUGAAUCUACUAGCAAGAGCUCAAGUGUGUUACAAGAUCCCCUAGUGUCUCUUAGAUCUAAAUGCGUAGAGCUUCUUUACACAGCGUUAGCUCGUUUUUCCACAAAUGGCAUGAAAACUCAUUUGUGGCAGAGAUUUGCAAGAGAAAUUGAAGAGUACAUUUUUACCCUUUAUUCAAGCAACAUCAAAAAAUGCAAAACUUGUAUUCGAAGCAAAGUUGCCAAUUUGAACAACCCCAGGAACUCUCAUUUACAACAAAGCCUGCUGUCUGGAACCAUGUCUACAAGAGAAUUUGCUGAAAUGACUGUCCUGGACAUGGCAAAUGAGGAACUGAAGCAGUUGAGAGCUUUCUACACAGAAGCCAGUAUUCAGGAACAUCACCUUCCCCACACAGUUGACGGCACACAGACAGAUAAAAUAAAGUGCAAGCGCUGUGAGGAAUACAACUGCAAGGUCACUUUAAUUGCCAGAGGAACACUUUUCCUUCCAGUUUGGGUGCAGAAUUCAAACCCAGAUGAACAAAUGACCUAUGUCAUUUGUAAUGAAUGUGGGGAACAGUGGUACCAUAACAACUGGGUGUGCUUGUAAUUUGUAUAUAAUCCCUUCAGGGUCAUAUGUUUUACAUGUAUAACCCUUUUGUGCCCAUUUUUUAUAGAAUCUUACCGUUAUUUUUUUGUCUGGGAUUUUGGUUUGUGAAUGAGCUCACUAUGUAGCCAAAGCUGGCCUCGGUCUCUUGAGUGCUGGAAUAUUAAGUGUACGCUGUCACACCUGGCUGGGUAUACUGUUCUACUCCAGUUCUUGGAACAAGGAACCAGAGUUGUUUGCCAAAGUUAAGGUCAUUGUUGCUAAAAGUUGUUUUGGAAGAGUAGAAGACUAUCACUCUGUACUUUGUGGCCAUUUAUAGAGUGGCAAUGUAGUACCACAUGGCCUAAGAACAUGCUAGAGGGACAGACUCUGACCCUAUACUCCUUUGAAUCCUGAUCUGCAUCUUGGCAGAAUCCCCAGAUCAUCCUCUGAGAUACCUUGAGAAGCACUGAUAUUGCUACAGGCCUGUGGCUCUCAGGAGUGACUAUACAUUGGAGUUUACUGGAGAGCAUUAAAAGUAUACAGGUGCCAAGGGUCAAGCCUAGAAUAAUUCAGUCUGAACCUAUGGCAUGGGACCCAGGCAUCAACAUUGCUCUGGUUAUUUCUCAGUUUAAGUUGCAGUUAGAGUUGAGAACUGCAUGUAAAUAGUCUCAUUUGAACCUUUCUAUAGUUCUGAAGAAAUGAAUGUUAUUCUGGAGAUAUUACAGAUGAGGAAAGAGGCCCACAGAGCCUCAGUGACUUAACCAGGUUACAUAACUAUAGGUAGUCUGCCUCAUAUUUUUCAGCUUCCUUAUGACGCAAGUGUGAUGGCUGUAAUCCAAAUGCUAGGGAGGAUGAAGCAGGAGGAUUUAAAUGAGUUCAGGGGCAGUUUAGAUUUUAAAGUCCCUGUCUCAAAAAAUAUUAAAAAGGCACUGUGGUGAUUCAAGUUUGUAAUCUUAGCACUGCGAAUGCUAAGGCAGAAAC